CCUAAAGAGACAAUCAUCACAUUAACUCGUUCCCCAUCGUCUAGCAGUGCGGUUAAAUGAUUUCUCGCUUAGAAGUUGCAGGCACAAGGAUAUCGUCGAGUCGUGUGCGGUCCUAUCCAGCCAAUCGGCGGGGCCCAUAUCGUAGAGCACUUACAUAAUCUCUGUCACACCCUGUACCGUUCCUCAUUGGCUACCGAAUUUUAGAGAGCCCCUACGAGUUGGAUAUUGAACAAUUGACCGUGACGAGCAACUGUUGAACCAGCAACACUUCAGGCCUGCCAGACAAGCGAGUCAACAUUCAACUGGACAGAAGAGACAUACUCACCAUGUCUUCUCCCGUAGCAAAGGCUGCGCGCCGUGUGACACACGAGCUUCAUGGUGUUGUUGUCUCUGCUGGCCUAAUGGACAAGACUGUCAAGGUCCGAGUUGGCGGUCAAAAAUGGAACAAGAUCGUCAACAAGUGGUUUGCCGACCCUAAGCACUAUCUCGUCCACGAUCCCAACUCAUCCCUCCGAACCGGUGAUGUCGUUUCCAUUGUUCCUGGAUGGCCAACCUCCCAGCACAAGCGUCACGUUAUCAAGCACAUUAUUGCGCCUUAUGGAACGCCCAUCACAGAGCGCCCUCCCGUGCCCACGUUAGAGGAAAGGAUAGCGGAUUACGAGGCUAAGAAGGCCAAGAAGGAUGAACGAAGGGCGGCGAGAAGACAAGAAGAGGAGAACCAGAGGCUGGAAGAGAAGCGUUUGGAAAACGAAAAGAAGGAGGCCAAACGUAAAGCAUGGGAGGAAGCUCAGCAGAAGCGCAAACCUCAGACCUCGGCAAGCGACGUCGAUUAAACUUAUUCAACCUUGAUAUUACGACACAUGACUGGAACAUCUCCAGGUGAUGAGAUAGGAAUGGACAAUGCGGGAUACCUGCUUUUUGGGACAAGGCGAUAGGAACAGAGGGCUGGAACAGCUAGGUUCUGUACGAUAUCAUGCGGGAGGAUCAUGGCAACAGAGAAGGAGCUGUUAACCAACUGUACCAUUUGUAACAUAUAAAUGACAUACUAGACAUUCAGCCCGUUUACAACUCCUUUACCCGUAGCCCAGUGUGUCGGACUGGGGUUGUGCUAUCCAUGAUGCCCCUGCGCAUACAAUGUACCUGUGCCUUUUUGUUACAUGUUUGUUUACCAGAAUAAUUGCAGUCUAUCUAUCCCCCCCUUUCUCCAAAC